UCCAUUGGAGUCAAUGUACACAAACUUCGUCGUUGUCAAGAGGAAAAUAGGAUAAAUACAUUUUUAAAGCCCAAAACAUAUCUGGACGUUACGCUUUGAAUAUCUGUGGUUGGAAGAUAAAGCACACGCUCUUUGCUGUAAAGGUGAAGCAGGAAUACUUCUAUAUGAAAGCUCUUUGACAGAUAUAGGAACCACAAGUAUAAACAAGCUUCCCGUGUUGUGAGAGUCGUACUAAUGAAAAGAAAAGGCAAUGCCUUCUAGCUAAAUACAGCAACAUCAUGCCACGCAAACUUCCUUUUCGAGUGGUCCAUGUUUCUGGCCAGGAUGAUGGAUACAAGGCUAUUGAACUGAAUGUCCACAGUCCACUGACCAGGGGAUGGCAAGCUUCAAGGUACUGUCUGUACCCACAAGACCUCAUCCUUCGGCUCGAUGCUCGCUCACGUUUGAGGAAAAUACAAGUUUUGUCUCACCAGUUCUUAGUGGCCACAAAGCUUGAGUUUAUGGUGGGGGAUGUCCCUGAAGAUAUGGAUUUGUCUCCUGACAAUGCCAGAUACACUCGGCUAGGGUAUGUGUCUCUGUCAGACAAUGAGAAGACAGCCUUUAAGUCGCGAGAGCUCAAAUCUGUCCAUGUGGACGCAAUCGGCCAUUACCUGAAAAUUCUCGUCCACAAAAACCACAUCAACAAGUACAAUGUAUACAACCAGGUGGGGGUUAUAGCUCUGAAUGUGAUCGGGGACAUUAUCUCACGACCGUCAGAUCUAACAGAUCGGAACAAGCGAGACUAUAACACAGACCCAGACAAGGCCGGAAGGUUAGAGUACCAGGACGAGGAAGACUUAACAUCAAGACCUGACUACAUCUCGCCUCUUGAUGACCUCGCUUUUGACAUGUACCAGGAUCCAGAGAUAGCUGCCCUUAUACGCAAAUUGGAAAAGAAAAAACAAGAGGCAGUUAUGCAGGAGAGGUUUGACUAUGCAAAGAAGCUGAAGACAGCUAUUCUGGACCUACAGAAAGUAGGUGAGAAAUUGGGCAAAUUUGAGGUGGAGAAACGCCAGGCAGUGGAGAAUGAAGAUUAUGACAAGGCAAAGCUCAAGAAAGUUCAGUGUGAAGAAUAUCGCUUACAAAUCUACCACGACCUCAACCUUGGUGAUCUGUUGGAGACUGGUGGGUCAAGGCAUCCACAACAUAUAGACCUUGAACCUGUGAGAAAUCCAACACCCCCUCGUCUCACUCACCUUUCGCCCCGAACCCCGCCUAGAACUCCACCCCCGAGGACACCUUAUGAUGAGAGACCCCUACCUGCAAUGAAAAGUAAAGGGGACACGACCCAGCGGGAACAGAUUCCCUCCCCACGCUCCAGGACACCAUAUGACGAACGCCAAUUACCUGUCGUCAAUGACAUUAGACCUCCCCCAGUUACGGAGGAAGAGGAGCAAGUGGUAGACACAGGAGGGGGCGGCAUCACUGGGGAGCCCGAGCCGUUGUCGGAGAAAGACCUUCGCGAAGCGUCUGCAGCGGUGGACGUAUUUGGAGAACCACUGGUGGCCAAAGCAUACAGUAAAACAUGGUCAUACCGCGAGGACGCGUUGCUGGCUGUGUACAAACAGAUGUCAGAGAUGUCGACAUCCACGCCGAAGGAUGAGGUGAAAACGGCAUUAAAGGGAGCUGUGUACCUGUGUAAGCGUGCCAUUCGAGACAAGGUUUAUGCUGUAUUUAAGGCUGGACUACAUCUCCUUAAGAUGAUCCUCACAGAAUACUGCCCCAAACACAAGUUAGGAAAGUCUGAAUUCGUCCACACAGUGGAGAUUGUCAUGCCCGAACUCUUCAACAAGUCAGCUGACACGGCUUCAAGGAAUCGAGACGAUGCUAAAAACUUCAUCAAAGAAAUGGCUAAUUUUCCUGAAGUGCGGCCGACCAAUGUCGUGCCACACGAAUGUCUGAAGCCAAUAAAGAUGACACUAGCGCCCCGCCCUGCUCAGUCACGCCUGGAGAUUGUGGAGAUGUUGUACAAGAGCCUGGGAGUCAAGGGCAGCACUGGGAUGACCAUAGACAACAUCAUGAACUUCUGUGUGGUAGCUUUGGGUCACACCUCCGGAGAUGUGAGGGACGUGUCGGAACGUAUCAUCAGGACACUUUACAAGGAAAACCCUGGGGACCGUCAGACCAUAAAAGAUCACCUGCCACCAGACGAUGAGAGGACACGAAAAAACACAAUGUAUCGACAGCUUUUUGAAUAUUUUGACAAGGUUGAUGGCAAACCGAGCAAAUCGGAUAUGAAGAGACAGAAGGCAGAGGAGGAGUCGAAAAAACAGGAGGAGAUUGAGGCUCUACAGAACCAGCUACAGCAACUACGCAGCAUGGCCGCAGGCAAACAGCCUGUGGAUGAGAAUGUGUUGAAAACAGAAUCGAAGAAACCAGGGAAGAAACCAUUAAACAAGUCAAAACCUAAACCCAAGGAUGAUGACGACACCUCCAUGUACAAUAUGGACAAUAUCUGUAUAUUCUGUGAGGAGAGAAACUCCAGCUUCACAGAGGAAGGACUAGAUCUGCACUACUGGAAGAACUGUCCUAUGCUGAAGCGCUGUACCAACUGUAAACAGGUGGUGGAGAUUGCCAGCUACACGGAGCACUUGGUGUCAGAGUGUGAGGCAAAGGGCAACUAUGCAAAGUGUCCUCGGUGUACAGAGGCCAUACCAAAGUCGGAGCAUCCGCAGCAUGUAGCAGACAAGAGCUGUAAUCCUUCUGAGUCGGAGAAGAAUCACUGUCCCCUGUGUCACCAAAAUAUUUAUGCUGGUGAGGAUGGAUGGAAGAAACAUCUGAUGGGCAAAGACGGAUGUAAACAAAACCCUCGACGUCUACUGGCCCUCAACAAACAGCCCUCCCAGGGUCAAGCUAAAGGUCGACCCGUCAAAGGGGGUGUUGGAAGGGGGAAAAAACCUAACCGGUAGACCCAACUGACGAUGGCGGUGCAGGAAUCACCCCGAUAGAUCUGACCAGUGAACGGGUGUGUGCGGGGAGAGUAGUGAUGCUGUAGGACUGUUUCACACACAAACUAGAGGCAAAUCAAAUGGCAGAAUCUCAGGCGAAUCCAUAAUUCUUUGGAUUGGAUGAGGAUGAACAAAAGGAUGUUAAAACAUAUAUGCAUAGUUAUCUACAGGGAUAUUCAGGGAAGACAGUCUCUUUGACUACUGCAUGGAGAGCAGUCAGCUUUAAAGAAACGCUUUUAAUUUCUGUAGAAGGAGUGAAAUGAAAGUCGAACCAUAAGUAAUAAAACGUCUCUGUUUUCUUAGUUUUCUUUGAUGGGCUGUGUUUUGAUUUGUACUGACAUUAUUGAUCUGUAGACAUUUAGGUGUGAUAUUUCUGGGCAUUGCAUAAUGAACUGACUCAGCAAUAGCCCUAGUCAUUAAUGUUCCUAUGUAACUCUAGUGUAUUUCUGAUCUCAUUUACGCAUGCAUUUCGUGAUGGGGGAUCAAUUAAUUUUGAUACAUUGUUGAAAGGGAAGCUGGAAGAUGAAAAAGGAGGGAUGAAGCAUACACAAAAACAACAGCUUUAUGUGACGAGUGUGAAAAAACCUACAUGUUCACAUUUUACAAUAAAAUGUUUGUAUUUGUUCUGAAGUCAAUACUCAGUGUGAGCUGAUUGGUUAAUUUUGUUUCAUCUACAUCUACAGGUCCAGCCAUUACAGUAAGUACACCAACAGCUGUAGAACCUGUUAAAUCUAUAUUAGAUCAGGGUUCCGUUAGGUGUUAAAUGGUUGUAUACUGGCUGGACUUAGUAUUCUAUUGUUUCAUUUUAUUUGUAAUUCCUAUGUUGAACCUAGAGCGCUAAUGUGUUUUGGUGUGGACAUUCUUCUGGCUGUAUAUUUCAAAGAAUACAGAGUUACGAAUUAUAAUUUUCUGCUCUUUUAAAAGUCAUUAAUGUUUAUGUACUUAAUUAAUUAUAAGACUAUACAGUUUUAGAGAAUCACAUCAACUAGAAAGAAAAGUUAUAAUUAGCAAUCAUCAGCAUAUUUCUAUGGUAUAUCGUGCGAAAAAUGUAAUAGCUUGAAAUGAAAGUGAUUUAUUACCGGUAUGUAUCUAAUUAGCACUUUAUAAUGAUAAUAAUAACUUGAGGUUCUUAUAUACCGCUUUACAGUGUACAGCCGGAGCUGCCAUUUCGG